CCACAGCCACCAUGUGUCCCCCCUUUUAAAYCUUCUCCUUUUCUUUCUUUUUAUUUUAAAAUAACAAACAGCUUUGGAUAGAUGGACACAACCUGAGCUGCUGUUCAUGUGGAGUGAGCUUUUUUGAAGCUUUUGACUUUCCUAAAAAGAAAACUAUAACUACAAGAAUCAGCAGAACAUUCUUCUUGUCACUGUUAUUCUUAUUUCUUUCUACACGGAUACUUCUCCACAUCUCAGGCUGUGUACGAGAUGGAGAACGGUACUGUGGAAGAUGUGGACGCGCUGUGGGAGAAGUUGGAAUGCAGGCGCUACGAGCUGUGUCGGGUCAUCACCCCAUCAAAGCUCACCCCGUACCUCCGGCAGUGCAAAGUGCUGGAUGAGCAGGACGAGGAUGAGAUUCUCAACUCCCUGCUGCUGAACGCCAAGGUCAACCGCACAAGCCGUCUACUUGACAUCCUGCGCACUAAAGGAAGCCCGGGGUAUGUGGUAUUUUUGGAGAGUUUGGAGUUUUACUACCCAGAACUGUAUAAGUUGAUCACGGGAAAAGAGACAACACGAGGCCUCUCCCCCGUCGUAGCGGAGGAGGGUCAGGAGGGUUUCACUCAGAUUCUCAUGACGGAAGUGAUGAAACUGCGGCAGCACACCAAAGUCAAGAGCCUGCAGAACGCUGAGCUCAGCAGGAAGACCCUCACGCUGGAGGACGAGCGCAAGAAGCUCAGCCUGGCAAAUCAGGAGCUUCAAGCCUUCCAGCAAAGGUACAACAAGCUGAGAGAGGAGAGAAACACCUACAGCGACGAGUUGCUGAGAGUGAAGGAUGAAAACUACAAACUGGCCAUGAGGUACGCCACGCUGAGCGAGGAGAAGAACAUGGCCGUAAUGAGGAGCCGAGACCUGCAGCUCGAGAUCGAUCAGCUGAAGCACAAGUUGAACAAGGUGGAGGAGGAGUGCAGGAUGGAGAGGAGGCAGAGUCUGAAACUGAAGAACGACAUUGAGAAUCGGCCAAAAAGAGAGCAGAUUUUUGAGCUGGAGAGAGAGAACGAAAUGCUCAAGAUCAAACUACAGGAGCUGCAGUCCAUCAUACAGCCUGGCCCCUUACCAGCGUCAGACAAAGCCAUCCUUGAAAUUUUGGAGCACGACAGACAGGAAGCUCUAGAAGACAGACAGGACCUGGUCAACCGCCUCUACAGCCUGCUGGAAGAAGUCAGACAGGCAGAGGAGCUGCGAGACAAGUACUUGGAAGAGAAGGAGGAACUGGAGCUGAAGUCCUCCUCGCUUCAGAAGGACUGCGAAAUGUACCGCAACCGCAUCGACACCAUCACCGCCCAGCUGGAGGAGGUGGAGAAGGAGCGAGACCAGGCGUUUCGAGCCAGAGACGAUGCCCAGCACCAGUUCUCCCAGAGCCUCAUCGACAAAGACAAAUACCGAAAGCAGAUCAGGGAGCUGGAGGAGAAGAGCGACGAACUCCACAUUGAGAUCGUUCGCAAAGAGGCCAAGCUGGUCACUCUCGAGUGUCGCCUUCGAAGGAUGUCCAAAGACAUUCCUCUGGACCAGAGUUUACCGAGGGACCUUCCUCCUCCCAUCAUCUCUCCGGGGCAGGGCCAGGGCCAAUCAGAGUGGUCCAGUGAUGAGUCGCACGAGGAGAAGUUUCAGUCUGAAAAGCCCCGGCUGAAACGCAGACCUAACCUUAAAGCCGUGGGGAUCAGAGCCAAGUCUCCAGUUUCAAACCUUCCAAUAAACUUGGACACCUCCCAGCGAGCAGCUGCGGCUCUCUUCAGUGGUGGAGAUUUUCUGGAUAUUCAGAUGCCAAACGUGAACGGAAACAACAACUCUCUCCCGCCCUCACCCAGCUUUCCGAUGUCCCCGACAUAUCCUCCCUCCUCGGCUCCCAACAUGCUCCCCUCCUCCCCAGCCCCAUCACUGCACACAUACCCCACCUCAGAGCAGCACAGAUCCAGCACGUUUCAGCUGUUUAGCCGUAAAGACAGCAUCCUGUCCAUACUCCCAGAGCCACCAGAGAAAGCAUCACUGUAUCGCAGAGAGAGGGAAAAAGAAGAAGACUUUCAACCCCGCAGCCUCUCAGAUAGCGACAACAUGGAAAUGGAAGGCGAAGAUGGCCCAAACUCUGUGAUCUCCUCCUCUUCCUCCCACCAGUCAGAGGGGAUGGACACUUAUGAUCUGGAGCAAGUCAACAACAUCUUCAGAAAACUCUCUUUGGAAAGGCCGUUCCGCCCGUCCUUGUCAUCCUUCUCCAGAAUCAGUGCCACAGUGAAGCCAAUUAAGGAGCUUUCAUUGCUAGGCGACAACCUCCUGAAGGACAUCACACUGGUUGGUGGCAACGAGAGUGGGAUCUUUAUCUCGUCGGUCCAGUCGGGAUCCAAUGCUGAGAAAGCCGGGCUGCGAGAGGGUCACCAUCUUCUGCUGCUGGAGGGGUGCAUACGAGGGGAAAGCCAAAGCGUUUCAUUGGACACUAGCACUCAGGAAGAGGCCCACUGGACGUUGCAGCACUGCUCUGGACCAGCCAAGCUGCACUUUCGGGCCAACUUUGACGCAUAUCGCCGCCUCCAGAGAGACCUCGCCGAUGGCACUUUAGCGUCGGGUGACUCGUUCUACAUAAGAGUGAAUCUGAACAUCUACGGACAGUCAGACAGCUGCUCUUUAAGCGUGCGCUGCGAUGAGGUGGUGCAUGUGCUGGACACCAGGCAUCAGGGCCGCUGCGAUUGGUUUUGCUCUCGCGUGGAUCCUUACAGUGGGUCUGACCUUCCUGAACGAGGCACCAUACCCAGCAACUCACGAGCACAGCAGCUGCUUCUGGUAAAAAUUCAGAAGUUAGUGUGUCGAGGUGGCAAAGAAGACAAUGAAAUCCUCCGCAACAGCAGGAACAAUUUACAGCCAGAAGAAACUGGCUUCUCUCCCGAUCCCAAAGCAAGUCCACGUCUGUCCAGAGCUAGCAUCUUCCUUAGUCAGAUAUUGCAGUUUGUCAGCAGGGUGGAUAUCAAGUACAAGCGAAUGAACAGCAACGAACGAGUGAGAAUCAUCAACUCUGGCAGCACAACACUACCGAGACAAAGCUUUGAGAUGCUGAAACAAGAAGACAAUGCUGACCAGGACAAUGAUCUGAGCAGAGGUUUGAACCUGAUCCCAUACAGUCCUGUUACCCCUCAGCGGACCCAGAGACGAAGACCGGUUCUGUUCACGCCUACCGCUUUGGCCAAAACCAUUAUCCAGAAGAUCCUGAACAUGGGCGCAGCAAUGGACUUCAACAUCUGCAAACCAGAUACCCUGUCCAAAGAGGAGUUUCAUCUGAAACAGAACAUGGAGCACUUCAUUCACUACAAAGAGAAACAGGCCACAUUUGAAUGCAUCACCCAGGAAAACAUUGAGGCUGUCGCUGCCAAGGGGAAACACUGCCUGCUGGAGGCUGAGCUGAGCUGCGUCAAGGACCUUCUGCGGAGAGAUAUCUACCCCAUCAUCAUUCACGUCAAGAUCUGUGACAAAAAUGUCAAGAAGUUAAGGAAGUUGCCUCUGCGUGUGGAGUCAGAGGAGGAGUUUGUGAAGUUGUGUCGUGCCAAAGAGAAGGAGCUGGAGGGCAUCCCAUGUCUUUACACCACCCUGGAGCCCGAGUCCUGGACAGGGACGGAAGACCUGAUCAGGGUCAUCAAAGACAGAAUACUGGAUGAGCAGAGGAAGACCGUUUGGGUUGAGCAGGACCUCCUGUAGACCCACAACAGUCUGCACUAUGACACACAUGUGUAGCUAAAUACAGCAAAACCACACGUUUUUUGUACAACUAACUUUCAUUUUAUAUUUAUUGUCUGAUUCAUAAAUGCAUUUGUGGACAAUGGAAAUCUUUGACUCGGGCAAGCAUCAUGUAUUUGUUUGAGUGUGCCUUUAAUUAAAAAAAAAUAAACAGAAUGAUACUGUCUAAAA